AUGCCAAAACGCAUCAUACGGGGACUAAACCAUCGCCCUAAGCAACCUAAACCUGCUACACCUCUACAAGAAAACUUAGCCAAGCGACGUGAGCAAGAUGUGAAAGAUGCGGAGGUAGCGAACGCUGAAUUUGUUAAGAAACUGAAACUAGACGAGGAACCCCAAGCAGAAGGUUCAGGCUCAGGUGAUCACCCACCUGCUAAUCCAACUCCGGAAGACGUCAACCUUGGAGACCUGGCGGCGGAUGAAAUUGACAAAGAAGGUGAAGAAGUUGAGUCAAUCUUGAGGAACCUGAAGACCCCGUUAUGGCGAUUUUGCGAAAGGAACAGCACCUUGCCCAACGAUUAA